GGGCCUGAGCGGGGCGGGACGGGGCGGUGGCGGUUGGGUGGAUGGCCUCUCUCGCGCGCCUCGUGUCGGCCUCGGCCAUCCCGACCAACUCGGGGGAGCUGCUACGGGGCGACAGCGGGCCCUUCCCGCCGGUCCCGGGCCGCGCGGGCGGCGAGGCGGAGGAGGACGAUGCGCUGGCCGAGGAGCUGGAGGAGGGGAUCGAGGGAGAAGCGCAGCCGUGGAGCCUGCAGGAGAAGGCGCUGCACGACGCCCGGCUGAAGGCCAAGGGGAAGCGGCGGCUGCGGCGGACCUCCUCCCGCGAUUCCCACCGGGAAGCCCUCCCGGAAAAGGGCGAGCCGGAGCCGGAGCCCAGCAGCCCGAAGGACAAGAACCACGACCGCAAGUCCCGCAUGGGGAAGGGCCGCGGCCUGCCCAAGAAAGGCGGGGCAGGGGGCAAAGGCGUCUGGGGAGCGCCUGGGGUGGUCUACAGCUACCAGGAGCCGGAUGCCCGCGACCCCAACUACGACGAGGCUGCACAGGGGAAGACCGUCUAUGCCACGGUGGUGCCUGAGCUGGAGGAAGAGGAGCUGGAGAAGACGGUUCAGCCGAUGGUGCUGGAAUAUUUUGAGCACGGAGACACCCUGGAAGUCGUGGAGCUCCUUCGGAAUCUGAACUUGGGGGGCCACAAGGCAACCGUGUCCUCGCUGGCCGUGGUUCUCUCUCUGGAGGGGAAGGCCAGCCACCGGGAGCUGACCUCCCGCCUGCUCUCGGACUUGGUGGGGAAGGUGCUGAGCGCCGAGGACAUCGCGGCUGCUUUCGACGGGAUGCUGCACGACCUCCCCGAGCUGAUUCUCGACACGCCCGAGGCACCCCAGAUGCUGGGUCAGUUCAUCGCCCGGGCUGUGGCCGACCAUGCGCUCCCCCUCAACUUCCUCGAGCGCUACAAGGGGCGUGUGGACUGUGAGCAUGCACGGGCUGCCCUGGAUCGUGCUGCUGUCCUGCUGCGCAUCAAGCGAGACGUCAACCGGCUGGACAAUGUGUGGGGCGUGGGGGGCGGCCAGAGGCCAGUCAAGCACCUGAUCAAGGAGAUGAACCUCCUCCUGCGUGAAUACUUGCUUUCCGGAGAGGUGUCCGAGGCCGAGCGCUGCCUGCGCCAACUCGAGGUGCCCCACUUCCACCAUGAGCUUGUCUAUGAGGCUGUGGUGAUGGUGAUGGAGUCUUCGGGAGAUACGGCUGUUGCCAUGAUGGUGAAGCUGCUGAAAGUGCUGUGGCAGACGGGGCUGGUGACCUUGGAUCAGAUGAACCGGGGCUUCCAGCGGGUCUACGAUGAGCUUGGAGACAUCAGUUUGGACGUGCCGCUGGCCCACAGCAUUCUCGAGCGGAUGGUGGACCUCUGCUUCGAGGAGGGUGUCAUCACCAGGCAGCUGAGAGAGACCUGCCCUGCCCGGGGCCGGAAGCGCUUUGUCAGUGAAGGAGACGGCGGCCAAAUCAAGCAAUAACUGGAAGCUUUCAGCACCCCCCCUACUGCUCCCCCCCUCCCCAGCAAUGCCUUCAACCCAGUCAGACCUGCCAGUCAACAGAGGAGCCCAGAAACCUUUGCUGAGCACCCACCAUUCCCUUCCCCACCCCCGAACAGCGUGUCCAUGCGGGCGGUCGGUCGAGCUUAAUCGGGGAGGCGAGCUGGGGAGCCUGCACUUUGCCUGACAGAUGGGGGGCCGAUAGUUCGGUAGAAGGGGGAGAAUUCUCCUGCAGGGCACCAGCGAUGCAUCUCAGGAAGCCUCAGGCUAGCUGGAACUGCUGCAGUGGUUAAUGGUGGGGCUGUUUGGACCUGCUGGGCAGCAGGGCUGAGGAGGCAAGAGGACGGGCACCUCUCUCACAGCCUCUGGCUAGCGCAGACCAGUCGGUUCCUGCCCUGUGCAGCUAGUUCCAAGGUACUGUGGGGAAGGAAGUCAGCUGGACUCCCUGCAGCCAAAGAACCUCCUGAUCCCAGGACCCCUUGAAGCCCCGAUGCCACCCACAGAUGCAGGCGGGGUGUGGUGGUGGUGGCUGGGUUUGAGGGCUGAGGGAGUAGCAGCUGAGCAGCGCAGGGCUAAUUCUUCCUGAGUUAAAGAGGGGAGCUGCUUCUGCUUGGCGCUGCCCACGACUGGUGGAGAGGCCGAGCAAGUGGACAUCGUCCUGGGAGGGAAUUGUGCCAAACUGCUUAGUGGUCUUGCAGGCAAAGGUGGUAGGGACGGGUGAGUCUAAUGGGAAAUGAAAAAUAAAUGAUUUUACUCAAAAGGA